AUGACGAGAAUCGGACCUCUGUUUUGGACUAGCAGCCUACUGCUGUUUAGCAUUGUGGCUGCCGCUGAAAGUGAUAUAGUCGCCAAGGUUAACCCCAAUGUCGUAAUCCUCAACGAAGUGCUUAGUAAUAUGGAUGAAAGUGUCGAGCCCUGCGGGAGUUUUCAAAACUAUUCAGUUAAAAAUAUAAAACCACUUAGGCUGCCGCCAAUCUUACCCGAAUUCAUAACCCUGUUCGAAGAACUGAAUAAUCAGACUUUUGAGGAGGGCAGCCUGGAACGGAAGGUGCAGCGGGUCUACAAUAUCUGUUUAGUCUCAAGGUUAAAAGUCCAAGAACCACAGGAAAUACUUACUCUACAAGAACUGGAGGACAGGUUCCAGGUAUCCCUCGCCGAUUUCCUGAACUACUACUAUGGACGUUAUGUUUCGCCGAGCUCUGUGGUCUAUAUUGAAAACCUAGAUUACGUGAUACGUUUAAAACUAUUGUUAGAAAAAUUUAAUGCCAGCGAUUUGGAGUAUACUAAAGAAAUUGUACACAGUUUUGAAGUAGCCCUAAGGUUUCCCGCAGAUUGUGCGGAUUUCGUGGCAGUUCGCAUGGGACUGGCAGUCAACUUGUUGUUCGAGGAGCGUUUCCUGGGUUCCGAAAAACUGAAUCGGUUGCAGUCGAAAGUGGAAAAGAUUUUUGAAGCCAUCCGUCAGCAAAUUAACAUCAGUCUCCAAAGAAACCCACUAAACUGGACGAUGCCGGAGAUAGAAGCUCUCCAGGAGAAUAUAAAUAACUUGACUCUUAGGGUUGGAGGCAUUCCGAAGAAUGUCAAUCGCCGUGAUUUCGUUACCAAAUACUACGAGGGUCUUGACUUCUCCGACGAAGACGACAUGACAAGAUUUGCCACUCAAAAGUUUACCCUUUGGCGAAUGCAAAAGAAUCCGGAAUUCAGAACUACGAAAUUGAAUACGGUUACCAUAAAUAAGAAAUUAAUCGUAGUGUCUUACUUACUUCUGGCCAAUUCCACCUUUGAGCUCGAGAGCCAUGACUUGUUUCAGAUGACACCGCUCGGAAUUCUGUUGGCCUUCUAUAUGCUGAAUAGUUACAAGCCAAGUAAUUGCAAGGAAUAUAACAACACUCCCUAUAACACUCCCCACUGGGAGGAGGAAACCCCAAAUGAUGCACUAAACCAAUUCUGCUGGAAGCUGUAUUCUGGGGAUAAAUCAUUGGCAAAGCAACACACGAUUCUUCUGCUUCUGGACCUGGUACACAAAGCCUACUUCGCCGCGGACUCGAACUUUAACCAGUCGCAGCCCAGCUUCACCACCAAGCCGUUGAGUCAGCUCUCUUUCUUGAGGUUGGCCCAAACCAGUACACACCUUUUUGGUCUCCAAACUGAACUGCUCGACAAUCUAUUGCCAGUGCAGCCAUCAUUCGUCCAGGCUUUUGACUGUCCUGACUUUAUGUAG